UAUUUUCCAGUUAUCACCCCAAGAGAAAGCAAAGGUUGGCAUGAUGGAAAUAUAUGGAAUCAACUCAUUAUUUUGGGUUCUGAUGAAAACCAGCAGUGAAGAUAUUGCGUCAACCCUCCGUGAUGAUUACAAGGUGGAGAUGCAGAGGCUGAGGGAGACCCAGGAACGGAUAGCAGAGCUGGAGGCAAGGGCAAACAUGCAGCACAUCGACAAGCAAGCUGCCAAGAGAUUCAUAAACCAUGCACUCGGAAAGAACAGGGCAAAUGGUGAGGAGUCGAGUAGUGACAACCCCAAGAAGAAAAAGAGAACGUGACAAGGCCUGUGAGGAGGGGGGAAGGUGUGACUGGGGAUGCAGUAAGGGAAGGUUUCACUUACACUAUACUUGGGAGCAAAAUUACAGAAAAAUGGAAUUUCCUAUCUUGUUAUAUAUUUUUUUUUUCUAUUUCUUGUACUUUUUUUUUCAUCUUUUUUCUUUUUCUUUUGCUGUAUCAAUAGUUCCUCUUCACGGCUAUAACUUCAGUGUAUGUUGUAGCUAGAAAUGCCUAAUUUGUAACAAAUAUAUCUUGUUUUUGUA